UCCGGUUCCGAGUGCCAGCUGAGCGUUGCCUAGCAACAGGAAAGUCUUGAAGUCGACAGGACCUAGGAAUUUCAGAAAUGGCUGCAGAAUCAAUUGGUGGGUUGCUCUAUGGGUACAAAAAUUCCGCUAUAAUACAACCAGAAAGAAACGAUGUUGUGUGGGUAAACAAGAGACACGAUCCUCUGGACCUAAGAAGUAACGCUCCUGUUCAGCGGUCAAAAUUUAUCUGCGGACCUCCAGACAUGGCUGUCGACAAUCAUUGGAAACGCGAAACACAACCUUCGUUGAAGACUUUUUCACGGCAUCUUGAAGAAGAAAAGUGGUAUCCUUCUACUCAAGCCACUAGAUGUGAAGAGUGGUCCACACUGAGACAGAUGUUUCCUUCUAAAGGCGUUCUAGAUCGAGUUAUCUCUCCACGAUGGGGAACUGGCUUACCUCUUGCGCCGAGGUUUCACCCAAAAAAUCAACAGCGAUUUCCACAUAUAAACAGCCCUAUGACACGGUAGGUCCUGCAUCCAUUUUACUCUAAAAUAAUACUUAAUUGUUAAGUGCUCUUAGUGAUAUCUAACACAUUGUUAUCGCUUACUGUUCGAUGGAGUAAAAAAAGAACGGGCUAAUUGCGAAAGUAAACGAAAUGAACGAGGCUUUGUUUACGUCUGGCGUUUGUCAAGUUCUCAAGUAAUUACAACUUAGGUGGUCAUUGUUAAAUCUAAAUACAGGACAUGAAUACUGCGUUAACGAGUGAAGCUAACCCUGGGUAUAGAUUUGAUUUGCACAAAAAGCGUUUGGGUUCUAGAAAUUCCGAAGUUUAACAAAAGCUGUAAGCAUUCAUCGAAACAGCGGUGCAUAUUAACAAGGCCGUGGUGCGCUUGCAUGCACAAGCAUUUCAUUUAUCGCCCAGUUUUGAGCAAGUCCUUACUUAAAAAGUUCCCUAGUUCAUAAUGCCUUGUUUCUUUACCCCUCUUACUGAAAUAUACUACUUUAAGCUGGACGGAUAGAGCUGUGGAUCGAUUUUAAAUGCUUAAUUAUAAAUUUGAUAGCUUGGUAAUCCCUUAGCUUGACAGACAACCUCAGACAAGAGAGAUUGGGACUUGCACCCCUUAGGGGAUAAGACGGGGUCCUAAGUCCGGACUACAAAAUGUUAAUGUUACUGUUUGGAGUGAUAAGUUCUUGAGUGGGCAGAUAGUGGAAAGGGAGGAGUAAGAGGUAACACAAAAGCAUCAACUGAAAACAACAGUUGCAUGUGUUGUGGCUUUCUGGUGGUUCACAACUUUGAAGCACAUUUUAAAUUUUGUCAUGAGGGCAAGUUAUUAUCAGGCUUUGUACAAACAUCACACUUUUCGUGAGCUGCACUUAAUUGGAACUUGGACUGUCCCAAAUAAAGAAAAGAAAAUGUGCCUGUUCACAGAAAAUAGCUUCAAUAUGUUGUAACACAUGCCCUUUGUUUGGCACAUGGUAUUGUUGAUCCUAGUCCAUACUAGCAGGAAGAACAGCUAAACUGCUCCAAACUGAAGUGUUCCUUCUCAACUGAUUCUGAUAAGAUCCUUAAAAGUAACUUUCUCCAUACUUCUUCAAGGUAAUAAAAUCAGCCAGUAAUGUGCACCUGGUUCAGCUCAUAAAGACUCUGGAAUCAGAACCAAGUCUUUGUGUGAACUGUUCCACAGCCCUUAGAGGACUUGAGUAGGAAAAUGGCUUGCAGUGUAGUUGGAAGUAACAUUAUUAUUUUUUCUUUCAGAUAUGUAGACGACAUGCAUCUCACAAACAGGCUCUUCAAGCUACACUGAGACAUAAGCUGAUUUACCUAUACUUGAAAACAGUUAAAAUGUUGGCGACUAGCUGUUCCUCAAGUAAAAAACAGUAUCUAAUGGCAAUGUCUGAAGUGACUGAAAUAAUUUACACAACUAACUUAUAACAAGAAAGUUUUAUUUGAUAUUUUUCAUUCCAUCGUUUGUAAUAGGCAUGUUUUUUCACACAAAAUGUAAUAAAAUACUAAAAAUCAAGUUCACCUUGGACUUAAACAUUAUUUAGCAAGGCACCGUGUAAUUGUAGCUAUACCCUCA